AUGGCUAAGCAAUCUCUAGACGUUUCUUUCGACAGAAGCAAGGCCAGAAAGGCUCACUUCUCUGCACCAUCCUCUGAAAGACGUGUGCUUCUAUCUGCUCCUCUAUCUAAGGAAUUGAGAGCUCAAUACGGUGUCAGAGCUUUGCCAAUCAGAAGAGAGGACGAAGUUCAAGUUACUCGUGGUUCCAAGAAGGGCCAAGAAGGUAAGGUUUCUAGCGUCUACAGAUUGAAAUUUGCCGUCCAAGUUGACAAGGUCACUAAGGAAAAGGCUAACGGUGCCUCUGUCCCAUUGAACCUACACCCAUCUAAGGUUGUUAUCACUAAAUUACACUUGGACAAGGACAGAAAGGCUUUGAUCCAGAGAAGAGGUGGUAAGUUGGAAUAA